UCCGGCACGGGAGGAAAUAGCAGAGAUAGUUAAGCUCAUUGGAGACUUUGGUUUCCAUAGACAUUUAUAUGUCCAUGUUGGUUUCCCCCUUCGUAGCAAUUUGGAGAGUUCCGGUUAAAAUCUCAGGCCUACCCUUUUAGACCUAUGACUACCCACAUAUCAGAAUUUGUCUCGCGUUUCCGGUGAAGAAGGUCAAAUAGCAACAUUAAAACGUGCAGCUACCUGGUCUGGCUGCUUGGGGAAUUGUGGUGAUUGCAGACCCCGUAGGCAAAGCAACCAGGAAGGCGUGAGGAUUGUGAGGAUUGUGCUACUCCAUAAAUGAGCCCAUUGAACUGACCUGCGUCUAUCAGCCCUCUGUCAAAAACAGAAACACCUGUCCAACAUUACUUAUGUAUUGAUGACUUAUGACAUCCUCUCUCCUAAGAGCCAUCUAAUCAAUAAGCAGCCACAAUGGAAAGAUGAAUUAAACUUUCAGUGCAUCUUGUGAUGAGUCAUAAUGUUUUUCAUGUCUCUGAAUGAUCUUGCUGUGUUUUCAUAAAUCCAGAACCCCCAACUUCCUGACCUACAGAAACUAGUUAUUUACUUUGACUCUUAUAUUUGAUUAAUACUCAAUCCAUUACAUACAUGUCCUCUUAAGAUCCAGUAACUCAUUUUUGUCCCAUGCAGGGGGCAUACAUUUCUGGUCUUAAUCUGAAGAACCAUAUUAUAGUAUGCUACAACCAAUAUAAACAAUUAAAAUAAAUCAUAUUUUAGAAAAUAUUUUCUAAAAAUUCUAAUUCUAAAUAUUUUCUAAACUGACUUGAAAUGUGUGUUAUUAUAGUUUGCAUUACUUUGUAUAGAUAUUGGUGGUGGAUGUGUUUAGUGGAUACAUCCCUCUGUGAUAAAGUAUGGUUAUUUACUAGUCACUUUAAUGUUUUAAUGAAAAUACACAGCUUAUAUUUCCUAAUAGGGCUGUACACCAGCUUGUUAAUGCAAAUCAGCCAAUCAUGUGGUAGCAACUAAAUGCAUAAAAGCAUGCAGAUGUGGUCAAGAGGUUCAGCUGUUUUUCAGACCAAAUAUCAGAAUGGGGAAUAAAUGUGAUCUAAGUGACUUUGACCAUGGAAUGAUUGUUGGUGCCAGACAGAGUGGUCAGAUCUCGGAGCUGCUCUCCUGGAAUUUUCACACACAACAGUCUCUAGAGUUUGCAGAGAAUGGUGUGGAAAAACAAAAAAACAUCCAGUGAGCAGCAGUUCUGCAGGUGAAAUGCGUUAUUAAAAUAGGUCAGAGGAGAAGGACUAGACUGGUCGAAGCUGACAGGAAGCUGACAGUAAUGCAAAUAACCUCGCAUUAUAACAAUGGUAUUCAGAAGAGCAUCUCUGAACACACAACGCGUCAAACCUCUAAGUGGAUGGGCUACAAUGAGACCAAUGAGUCUAAAAACUAAGUCUAAUAAAUACCUAAUAAAGUGCUCACUGAGUGUAUAUUGCGAAAUAAUGUAUGAUGUACAAUAAUAGGCUAGUAUCAAACGUUGUUCAGUUCAAAACGUGUGCACUGAUUAAUUCGAGUAAAGCAAAAAUAUUUUGCGUACAAAGCUACUGGUUAUAAUUAUGCAAUUUGACGUGCGCAGCGCGGUGCAUUUAUUUAAAAGACAACCUUCGGCGGCGUUCCAAUUUCGUCAUUAUUCUGCGACAGCCAGUCAGCCACUGAAACAUUCGCGAGUGCUUUGGGUGGCAGAAUUCACAUGAAUGUCUAAUACACGUGCAUUAUAUUUGUCGCUGUAAUUUGAUUACAUGGAUAAAAUGUAUUAUGUAUUAAACGGUUUAUGAUUUACGACACGUAUUUUGACGUGUUUGCUAUCAAUGCCAAGUUUGGUUUAGCUAGUACCCGACCAUUUUAAUAGGCAGCGAGAAGCACGUAUAACGUUACAGCAAUCUAGUUUGCAAUUAAUUACAUCACUGCCUAGGCUAACAAGGAAGCACCAUUGAGACGCACUGCCACAGUUGCAUUUGAACCAUCUGGCUGAAUAGCUUUGGCAAGAAAUUGGUGUGUCAUGAACCCAAUACUGAGACACAAAAUCCCUGCAUGUGUGAGGACACUCUUGACUGACAUUGGACCAAGAGAUGAACAGCACUAUCUCAAAGAAGAAAAUGAUAAUGAGCCUGAAAUCCUUACUGUAGAUGGGAUUAAACUGCCUGGGAGAGGAGUUGCAGUCCAGGAUGAACUCCUAGCCCCAGCUGGAAGGAGAGAGGAGAAAGAAGAGGGGGGCAUGGGUUUGAGAAAAGAAGGCAGGGUAUGUGGAUUGUGCUUAUCCAAACCUCCUUUCUACACCUGCCCACGAUGCAACGUGCUGUAUUGUGGUUUGGCCUGCUAUCGUAGUUCAGCUCAUUCCGUUUGCUCUGAAGAGUUCUACAAGGAGUCUGUGAUUGAGGAGCUGAGAGGGAUGGGGGAAACAGAGGAGGAGGGGAAGAGGAAGAUGCAGGAAAUACUGUUGAGGUUGAGCAGGGAUGGGGAGAGAAAAGGAGGGACAGCAGAGGUGUUUCAAGGGAUGGAGGAGGGGGAAGAGGAUGGGGCUCUGGUAAAUGGAGAAGUUUUGGUUCUGCUUUCAAGGCUGGCAGAGAUCCAGUCAACAGGAGCAGGAGACACAGGGGAGGUAGAAGACAUAUUAAAGAAACUCAAGGAGAUUGGAGAGAAGGAGGGAGAGAGGAGACCGAUAAAUGAGACUGUAGCAUGUCACAGAGACACCGAAGAGCUGGAGGAACAGGACUUGGCACAGCGAUUUUCAGGGCUUGACAUGGAAAGUAUGCCUGAAGAGCAGCUCUGGGCACUGUUGCCACAGCAGGACAAGGAGAGGUUUGAGGGGCUUGUAAAGGAUGGUGCAGUGGGUGGGCUGGUGCCCCUGUGGAGCCCCUGGUGGGAGAGGCAUGAGGGAGGGGAAGGUGCUCUGAUAGAGCUGUUGGAGGAAGAGCGUGAGGGAGAGGAACAGGUGGCCACCUGGAAGGAGAGCGAUAGAGACAGUCCAGAGGGACGGAGCAGGUCUGGAGAGGGAGUAAACACUGAGAGGGAGGAGCAAGGAGAAGAGGGAGGUUUAAAAGAGAGGGACAGGAAACGGGUGAGAGAAGUAGAAGAGGAAAGGGGACGUAUGCAUGGUAAAAGUGAGAGGGGGAAAUCGGGAGAGAACAGAACUGAAAGCAGUAUUGCGGUGCAUGGGAAUGAGGAAGAUGGGAGCGGAGGGGGAGAGGGAAAUGGAACGGGACCAUGUGAAAAAGAGACAACAUCCCAGAUGCAGCAGGGACACCAGAAGAGAAUGAAGCCACCAAGGACAGAGAGCAAGGGCAAGAGCAAGAGCCCAAGCUCAUUGGUGCCCCGGGUGAAUAGAAAGAUCCUACCCCUCAACACCCUCUCAUCGCAGGCGUCCCCAUUGGUGCGAUACAGCCUGGUCAACGUGCUCUAUGGCUACACCACUUCCCUUUCCCUCUUCAAUGGAGACCUCUCGGAACUGGACAUGAUCCAGGAGUUCUGCCAGGUGGUGCUGGCUAUAUCCGAGUCUCUGAGCUCCAACAGGGUUUUCAGCUCCUUGCAGGAAGCCGUUGAAGCUGGUACCAGGUUGGCAAUGGAGAUUGGCUGUUUUGCCCCAGGAGACCCAGAUGCCCAGACCAGAGCUGUAGAAGCAAUUGCUCACAUUCUGGCUGGGAAGAGUAAGCAGGACACUGUGGGAUAUACACUGGCUGCCCUGUCCCAACUUCAGGCAGUUUUAAGCCAGGCCAGAGGGGCCCUGCCCAAGGAGGGUGAUGGAAGAGAAACCAGGCGGAAAUAUUUCUUAGCGGGCAAGAAAUGUGAGUUCUUGCAGUCUUGGGUAAAAGACAGUGGUCCAGCAGUGAGACUUUUGGCUGGGUGUGUAUGGAGGGAACACAUGAAGAUGGCGAAGGAGAGGAAGUGUUUAGAUAAAGAGAAAAAAGUAGUAGAGGAAAGCUGGAAGAAAGGGAGAGGAAGAGGGAAAGGGAAACUGAUUGAAGAGAUGGACUGAGCGUGGUUGAUUAACUUGGGUUGUUUCUUUAGGAGGUUGUAGAGCAAUUUGAAUCUCUAAAAGAAAGUGUCUGAAAAGCAGAAACAUUACAUUUAAAUUGGCCAUUUUAUUUCAUGUACAUUUUUGUAAAAGUCAUCUUUAGAUGUAAACUUUUCCAGUUUGUCUGAUGAUGUAUUUACAUAUCCCAGAUAAGUUUUUAACAUUUGUAACAAAUGUAAUUUACAUCUAAAAAGACUGUACAUUAAAAUGCAAACAGUGAACUGGUAGAAAAA